AUGCCCAGCUCUGAUCUUUACUUGCGUUACUACCCAGCUCUGGUUUUGGCCUGGCAAGGGGAGGAGAAAGAAAACGAGGGGACGGGAAAGAGAAAAAGGGGUGUGCCAGACCUACCCCCACCCCACCACCACCACCGGACCAGACACACAAACAUUCCUGAAGAACUCCUGAGGAAUAAACAGGGAAGCAAGUCCAACAUUCUGGUCCUGUCACAUCUUAGAUUUGUGAGAUUUCAACACAGAGGUUGCGGGUGCCCCCCGUACGAGGAGAUUUCUCAGCAUGCCCCAGCCCCUGAGCACCUCCACAGCUCCUCCAGCUCCACUACCAUGUGUAGAUGGACAGUGACACAAGGUGCACCGGCCGCCUGGUUCUCCUCCCACCCCUGCCGUCACGCAACCCCGCCGCACCUCUUAUCCCUUACCUUCCUUCUCCUGCUACUUCUUCUCGGACCUUCUUCAUCGUCAUCGCUGAGUUUGAACCAAAGCCAACAUGGAGCAGGGAGUCCACCCUUCGUCACAUCAACGUCGCCUCUCAGAGCUUCCUCCGCCAGGUUGCCACGGGCGACCAACCUGUCAUCUCCGUCUUCAGCCGCCGUGGUGGGGCGCCACGUGCGUAGUAGCUACAACCACCUGCAAGGAGAUGUGCGCCAAAGGAAACUGUUCUCAUACCAGAAGUUUUUCCUACGCAUUGACAAGAAAGGGAAAGUCAAUGGCACCAAAAGUGAGGACGAUCCUUACAGUAUUCUGGAGAUCAAGUCAGUGGACGUGGGAGUCGUGGCCAUCAGGGGCCUCAGCAGUAACUACUAUCUGGCCAUCAGCAAAAAGGGAGAGCUGUACGGCGCGAGGGACUUUGGGCCAGACUGUCGCCUGAUCGAGCGCAUCGAGGAGAACAAGUACAACACGUACGCUUCGGCAGAGUGGCGCAACAAGCGAAGGCACAUGUUCGUGGGACUCAAUGCCAACGGCAAAGCCGUGAGGGGGAGGAAGACCAAGAGGAAAAACACAACCACUCACUUCCUGCCCAUUGUUGUGCAUCCCCGAUAA